CUCUGCGUAAACUUGAUGCGAAUUCAAAAAAUCAACUGUGAAAUUAUUACAUUUAACAUAUAAGUAACUUUUGUUUGUAUUUAUUUACUUAUUUUAACGUUUUAUUAUCAUUAGGUAAAUUGCGAAAUCGUUGAGAAGUCCACGUUUAGAAACGUUAGUAACACAUCAAAUGAAUAAAUAAAUAAACGAUGUCUCUAUAAAUGCUCAAAACAGCGACACCUAUGGACGCAAAUGUCAUUGACAUAUUAAUUAAAGGUGGAGUUUGCCAUUUAGAAAUCAAGAAGUCGAUACACCUGUUCAAGAAUGCGGACAAACUCGUUCACGGUGAGUAUCAAGCUAAUAGUUUCAGGUGCGCCCUUGAUAGGUAACCGUGGUACCGCGUACGAUUCCUCAAGAAAACCGAAGACGACAUACAAAACAACAGCGUUGAAUUCACGUUUAUCAAACCAGGAUGGGUCUCUUUAAAUCCAAAGAGCUCCAUAAACUUCCUCAGGUUCUCCUCAUGGGUUUGGAUUCGGCCGGAAAAUCCACUUUGCUCUUCCGACAGCAACAAGGCGUCGUGAUGGAGACGUCGCCAACUGUGGGCUUCAAUGUCGCAACAGUAGAACUGGACAAGAAAACGUCCCUCACGGUAUGGGACGUGGGUGGACAAAAGACCAUGAGGUCCAAUUGGAAGUUCUUCCUGGAGGAAUGCAAGGUUCUCGUUUUCGUGGUGGACAGCAGUGACCGUGCCAGGAUGGGGGAAGCUCAGAAAGCCCUAAAGAAGAUCCUGAACGAUGAGAACAUGAAAGGAGUUCCUCUGAUGGUGCUGGCCAACAAAAAGGACCUCACAAACACCAUGACUAUCAGAGAAGUGUCCACAUUGUUGGAGCUGGACAGUUACAUGGAUCGGGUGUGGGAGAUCCAAGCUUGUAGCGCCCUGAAGGGAAUGGGACUCAAACAAGCCUUCAUUUCUGUAUCUAAACUAAUUAAAAAGUCUGUCAGAUGACAGAAACAUGACUUUUUUAUAUUUGGACAGUUUGUUUCUAUGUAAUCGUAGACGAAGGGCAAGAGGUUUUAUCCUUCUUGUCAUAUUAAAACUUGGGAUAAAAUAAAUAAAGGCAAUAUGUUUGACUGAAAGCUUGUGAGAAGUUUGAACUACUGGAAUAGCAGUUUUGUUUAUGCUUUACAUAUUGUAUCUAUUUAUAGCCCUUGACGUGCUUGAUUGUAAACAUGUACCAUGACCAUCUCUUUUAUGAGUUAAGCACAUUUGUUUGUUAUUUUGUUUCCGAAUAGAGCAGACUUCAAUGUAGCAAUGCAAACUGAUGCCAAACACUGUGUGCGGCAAACAAAUGUGAUGUGAUGUAUGGAAUGUUGUGAUUUGUCAAAUGUGAUAACUCGCUCAAACAAACAAAUUGUUACUCUUGACAAAUGAAAAAAGGCGCUUCUUUGUUGGACCUUUUAUUCUUGUUUAAAUAUGAUACAGUAGUGGAAUUAAAAUGAUACAUCUUACAUUAAAGAGCAGUAAAACAGAAAUAAAACCAUUUUCAAUGUUUUACCAUCA